AUGGUUAAAGCUCAGCAGAACCCAGCUGCUUCAAUUACCCAAGGAAGCUCACUUCCUACUGUUAACCUUGGAAGCCCAACUUCAAGUUCUUCCAAGCCCAAGCCAUCCAAAUUAAAGAUUCAAUCCACAACUGCUAAGCCCAGCUCUACUCAGCCCAAAUCAAAGGAUAAAGCAAAGCCCACAUCUGCUAAAGCGAAGUCCAAGGUUAAAUCUUCAACUCCUGCUAAGCCCAAGGUUAAACCCAAGUCAUCCAGCGAUGAGCUUCUCAAGAUGGCCCGUUUGCUUGUUGAUCAGGCUGAAGCCCAGUCAGAUUCAGAUAAUUCGGAUAACAACAAUUCGGCUAACCACAAUUCAGAAGAAGGUUCAGACAGUUCACAUUCUUCUAAAGGUUCAACCACUAGUUCAAUUACUCAAAACCCACAUGGACUCGAGUUCCAAGAUGCUCAGGACCCAUAUGCCUAG